GGCAGUUAAUGUUAAACUGUAACUAGGAAAAUGUGGAGUCUGAUCAGUACACAUAAAGUUAAAACAUUUUACUGCUUUGAUUUGCCUACUUAGAAAUCAUGUCUCAUCGUUUCUUUGAAGGAGAGGAGAUUGCUAUGACAUAUUCUAAGUACCGACAUAGCCCACCUGAAGAGGUGCAGUCAAUAAUCCUAUCAUACAUUAAAGAAAAGAGAACACCAGUUCAGCUUGCAGUAGACGUGGGCUGUGGCACAGGACUGAGUACCAGGGCACUGGCAGCCCAUUUCCGGCAGGUUGUAGGGACAGACAUCAGCGAAGCACAAAUAGAGGAGGCAAAGAAAGUCCCUGGUUUCCCAAAUAUUUCAUACUGCAUCUGUCCGGCAGAGAAACUUCCAUUCAAGGAUAGCUCAGUGGAUCUGGUGUUUUCUUCUGUUGCAGCCCACUGGUUCAACAUAGAAGGAUUUAUGUCAGAGGUGAAGAGAGUUCUUAAACCCAAUGGCUGUCUGUCGUUACAUGCUUACCAAAUUCAGUUUGAGCUGCACUACAAAGACUUAUCUGAAACACUGAGUCAAAUUUAUCAGGAGGCAUUUGAUUUCUCAUGUCAAUAUCUACCUGAAGAUGCUCAUGAAAGUCUAAAUAUUAUUAGAAAUGAAUACAAAGAAAUAUUUGAUAGUAUUCCUUUUACUGACAAAACAAGGAUCACUAAUAUUUUGGUAAAACAAUCAAUGUCUGUCGCAAAUGUUGUAGGACUUAUUUCCACUGUUUCUGCAUACCAAUACGUCAAGGAAAAAGACCCAGACACAGCAUUAAGCUUAAUACAGAGAACAGAACAAAGAUUACUGGAAGCAAUGGGAGUCUCAUCUAAUCAAACCAAAGUGGAGUUGAGAUCAAGGUAUUUUUGCCUACUGGCCUGCAAGUCAGAAUGAAGGCUUGCAUCACUGUUAAUCCAAUGCUGGUUAUAUUUUAGAGGAUGAAGCAAUCAGAAUUCUGUAACUUUGGGAUGAUAUUCCAAAAACAUAAGAGAGGAAUAAUGUAGCCAAGAACCAUGAAGCUACUGAUGUAAACUUACGAUGCAAAUAAUGCAUCCAGGGCAACUUCAAACAAGUGGUAUGCUGGCCAUU